AUGUCCGCACCAAGAGUAUUGUCCAUUCUUCGCCCUCAAAUCCGACUAUCACGUUCUCCUGUGUUCUUGCCGAGAGCGAUAACCUAUCAGUCAUUCUCCACAUCGAUACGAAGAACAGAUAAAGAAGGAGAUGGCGAUAGACCACAAGGUGCUCAUCCGACCAAACACGAAUCAAGACCCGUUUCAUCAGGUGAACCAGUAGCGGAAUACGUUAAAGAAGAUGAAAGUAAAAGAGCUGGAUUACCUGAAGAACCCAAGAAGACUCCUUCACCUGAAGCCCCACCUUCGAAAGCCAACCCAGCUCCUCUAGCAUCAUUACCAGCUCAAGACUUGUUCUCACUGAAGAAUCGAACUGUUAUUAUCACAGGUGGAGGUAGAGGAUUAGGAAUGACAAUCGCCAGAGCAUGUUUAGACAGUGGUGCCAAUGUUAGAUGUUUAGAUUUACUACCCGAACCAUCUCAACCACAAUGGGAUGAAGCACAAGAUCUAGCCUCAUCAAAAGGAUUGGAAAUCACAUAUCACAUAUUAGAUGUGACGGAUAAACAAGCAGUGAUGACUGUAUUCUCAGAUCUAUUCAAGAUGGAUAAGAAUGUCGAAAAUCCAAUAAGGGGAUUAUUCGUUGCUGCAGGUAUUCAAAUUAUGAUGCCUGCUUUAGAAUAUUCGAGUGAAAAGUUUAGAAAAUUAGUUGAUAUUAAUCUGACUGGAACUUUUUUAUGUGCACAAGCAUUCGCGAAUGAAUGGUUGAAAGUUAAUCCUAAUAUCGAUGGAGAAGCUGGUAAAGGUGGUGCCAGUAUCGCAAUGACAGGAAGUAUGUCUGGACAUGUAGCGAAUUUGGGUUUGGAAUGUGUAGCUUAUAACGCAAGUAAAGCUGGUGUAAAUCAAUUAGCUAAGAAUUUAGCUAUGGAAUGGAGUCAAAAAGGUAUCAGAGUCAAUACUCUGUCACCUGGAUAUAUCCGAACAGCACUUACCGCCGCUCAGCUGGAUGAGAAACCCGAGUUAUUGAAAAUAUGGCUUCAAGGUUCUUUGAUGGGAAGAUUGUCUACUCCAGACGAGUUCAGAGGCCCAGCACUUUACCUCUUAUCAGACGCGAGCUCAUUUAUGACAGGAGCUGAUCUUCUAGUUGAUGGUGGACAUACCGCCACGUAA